AUGGAGUUAGGAAAAUCAAUAGUGAAGCAAAAUGACGCCGUGGUCAGACUUGCGAAGCACGUCAUCACGACCGUCUCCAAUGGCUCCAACGUUGUCUUCUCACCGACAUCAAUCAACGUUUUGCUCAGCCUCAUCGCCGAGGGUUCCAGUCAUGUCUCCAAAGAAAAUAUUCUCUCAUUCCUUAUGUUACCAUCGACGGAUCACCUCAAUGAAGUUCUGGCCCAGAUCGCCGACCGCAGCGAGACAAGUGAUCUGCGCUUGUAUGCGGCCUACGGUGCCUGGAUAGACAAAUCUUUCUCCUUCAAACCUUCUUUUAAAGAGAUCUUGGAGAACUCCUACAAUGCUAAAUGUAGUCACGUUGACUUCAAUACUAAGCCUGCUGAAGUGAUUGAUGAGGUGAACACAUGGGCUGAAGUCAACACCAAUGGACUCAUCAAGGAGGUUCUUACAUACGAUUCCGUCGCGGAUAUCCGUAGCAGCUCACUCGUACUAGCAAAUGUAGUGUACUUCAAAGGAGCAUGGAGCAAAAAGUUUGAUUCAAAGUUGACAGAAAAUAUUGAUUUUCAUCUUCAUGACGGCACCUCCGUGCACGUCCCUUUCAUGACCAAUCGUAAAAAACAAUACCUAGAAGAAUAUGAAGAUCUACAGGUUCUGCGAAUCCCUUAUGUAGAGGAUCAUCGUCAAUUUUCCAUGUAUAUUUAUCUUCCUUAUGAGAAAGACGGAUUGCCUGCACUGCUUGAGAAAAUAGUCUCGGAACCAGGAUUUCUCGAUAACCAUAUUCCACUCGAACGUGUAAAGGUGGGCUAUUUCAGAGUUCCAAAGUUUAGCUUCUCUUACGACUUUGAAGCUUCAGGUGUUUUGAAAGAUAUGGGGUUGACUUCACCGUUUACUCCUGGAGGAGGAAGUCUAACUGAGAUGGUUGACUCGGAUAGCAACAGGGAAAAUCUCUACGUCUCGGAGAUUCUUCAUAAAUCUUGUAUUGUGGUGGAUGAAGAGGGAACCGAAGCUGCAGCUGCCUCUGGUAUUAGAGAUGCGUUGCUUUGCGAAGUUCCAGAUUUUGUAGCUGACCAUCCAUUUCUGUUCACGGUGAGAGAAGACAAGACUGGAGUGAUUUUGUUCAUGGGUCAAAUUCUUGAUCCUUCAAAACACUGA